AUGGCUUCACAAGGGAUGCAUUUGUUGGGCAGUGGUUUUGCCCUGCUUGGCUGGCUGGGUGUCCUUCUUGCCUGCCUCAUGCCAAUGUGGCGCGUGACAAGCUUCAUGGGUACAACCAUCAUUACCUCUGAGAUCACGUGGGAGGGCAUCUGGACGGCUUGCGUGGUCCAGAGUACAGGUCAGAUGCAAUGUGACCCUUAUGACUCCAUGAUGGCACUCAGCUCUGAGCUGAAGGCAGCCCAGGUCCUCAUAGUAGGAUCGCUUCUGACUGGCUCACUGGGUCUCAUACUGGCCUUAAUCGGAGGAAAAUGCACAAGCUUUCCGGACAACAGUAGUGGAGCUGUAAAAAAUAGAGUUGUCAUUGUUGCUGGUCUGGUACUGAUGAUUAGUGGCCUGCUCUGUAUGAUUUCUGCCACAUGGGUUGCUGCUGUUGUAAUCCAGAUGUUUAGCAACCCACAGAUACCUGUCGCCCAGCGCAGAGAAAUCGGUCCUGCUAUCUAUGUGGCCUGGGCCGGAUCCGUCCUUCUCUUAUUGAGUGGUAUCAUGCUUUGUGCCACAUCCUGUUCCAAGAAGACAGAAGAUGACAGCCCUUCAGUUGAUUACAGGGUUGUUCGUUCAUCUGGAACUGUAUCCACCAUCAGAAGUUCACAGCAAGUCCGGGUCUCCAGUCAAAGCCAGAAUAGAAAGAUUCUGUCAAAAUCUUUCAGCAGUGACAGCACUCCACUUAAUCAGCAUGACAAAUUAUCCUCUGAAGGAUCCAAGAAGAGCAAGAUUUCUGUGAUAGACUCUGAGCAAAGUGAUGGGCCAUCGACAAAGUCCCAGCUAAAUCACACAAACUCUAAUAACAGCCUUAGAUCUUCUAAUAGUGAAGCCAUUUCAACUAGUCCUAUGAAGACCUACAUCUGAUCCAGAAAGUCUCAAAAAAAUUGUCUUAGGAUGUAUCACAGACUUUUACGGAU